ACUGUCUCCACUGGUCUCCAUCAAAACUGCGGUUUCUUUCUGCUUGCUUUCAUCCUUUCACGAACUAUCACGAACAUUAACCAAACAAGUCUUGCACAAUGGCUUUUGAUGCCCAUAUGCGAAGGGGACACCCUAUUGUAUUUUCGUUGAUCAUCUUGUUCAGUAUCAUCGAGCUCGCAAUCUCAGCCUGGCUCACAUCACGUUUUAAUGCCCACAACAACUACUUCAGUCUCACAGAACGAGACAGCACACGUUUUCUACUGUUCACUUCAAUAUGGACGAUCGUGUUAUCUGGUGCCUACAUGUUUUUCUUCUUUUCUCUUUCAGGCCAUGUUUUGAGUAGUGUGGCUUCUCAUAUCCUCUUCCUGUUUCUGACAUGGGUCUUCUGGACCGCGGGCGCUGCAAGUAUAACCUCAGCUCUCGGUGGAGGGCUGAACUGCAAUACCGAGUUCGUGUUCGUGUACUGCGGACAACUUAACGCGCUAGAAGGUUUUGCUUGGGUUAUUUGGAUUCUUGUAACUUUCGCAAUCCUUGUUGUGCUCAUACGUGGCAUUUUCGCGGCACGUCGAGGUGAUGGAAUGCGCGGGCCACUGAUUGUAUGAGCGUGCAGAUUGUCCUUACUUAGUGCUUAGGUCGCCCCGCGCGGAAAACAUCAUCUUUAGCUUCUUCCAAAUUGUUCUUCAUUCUACAGACAAUGCGCUACACCUGUUGUGUUACCUGAAUUGUUCCAUCUGCGCCAUGCCUUGUCGUGAUUGAUUACUGACAUAUAUAUAGCUAGCUUAUGUCCAGUGUCACCCAUUCCUCCGAUUCCCAUAUGUGUUCCAAUAUAUCACUUUGUACAGACGCUCCCGCUCCUCUGAUGUUGUUCCCGCGCACUGUUAAUUCGGUUUGAGUAAUACAAGUGUCAUACUCGGUU